CUAAAAACAACGAACGGUGCAGAUAAAACGCAGCCAUUAAACCUCAAAAAAUCUCCCUCAACUCAAGCUCUCAGAUCUCUAACAAUCCAUCACAAACUCAAAUUCAUCUCUCUUCUCCAACGUCCGAUCUGCUGAAUCAAAUUCCUCUCUCGUUGCGCGCCAAAUACGACCCUCUCCCCCUCUCUCUAAAGGGUUUCUGUCGGUGAUAGGAUGGCGGGUGCUCCUGGGAGUCCGGCCGGUGGGAGUCAAAGCGGCGGAGACCGGAGUCCUCAGUCAAAUUACAAUAUCAGAGAGCAAGAUAGGUUCCUCCCAAUUGCUAACAUAAGCCGUAUUAUGAAAAAGGCGUUGCCUACCAACGGGAAGAUCGCUAAAGACGCUAAAGAUACAGUUCAAGAAUGCGUUUCCGAGUUUAUCAGUUUCAUCACUAGCGAGGCUAGUGAUAAGUGUCAGAAAGAGAAGAGGAAGACGAUUAAUGGUGAUGACUUGUUGUGGGCGAUGGCUACAUUAGGUUUUGAAGAUUACAUUGAUCCACUCAAAGCUUACCUAUUUAGGUACAGAGAGUUAGAGGUGGCUUGCUCCAAAUGCACAGUUUACUCAUCAAGGUUCUUUUACACAAGGAAUGAACUUUGUGAAUUCGCAAGUCUGAACUUUCAGGCAAAGAGGCAUCAUGUUGUUGUUCAAGCAUAUCGUAUUUACUGAUUCAGUCAUUUUACAAUAUUUGUGGGGUCAGUAAAUGAUGUUUAACGUGAUUUGUACUUUUUUAUAAUAUCGUAUAGUGUUUCGUAUACCAGAGUUAAAUAUAUAUGUAUAAAAAUAUUGUUUAUUUCGCCUCGUUUUUUUUUAUUCUUGGGGCAUGAAGAAGUUAAUGUGUUUGUUGCC